AUCUUGCCUUGAUAGUGGUGGGUCAGAGGCAGUGGGGGCGUGUCUAGGAUGUAGGGGUUUGGCUAAGCUGGGGGUGGCGGUCUGAUAGGGCGUGACUCUAGAAGGGGCGUGGCUUGCUAGAAGCGGCGGAGUGGGGGCGGGGUCGGUACAGGCUGAGUGGGCAGCGCGAUGCGGGGCUCGAGCUGCGUGGGCAGUGGUGGCGAGAGCCCAGGUGGUACGGGGCUGAGCGAGGGGCCCCGCGGCCGAUGGCUGCGGCUCGCCCCUGUCUGCGCCUACUUCCUGUGUGUAUCCUUGGCUGCUGUGUUGCUUGCGGUUUACUACGGGCUCAUCUGGGUCCCCACGCGGCCGCCUGCGGGCCCCGCCGACCCCUUGCCCAGCGCUGCAGCCGCUCCGUGUGCUCGAGCAGCACCACCCGCCCCGCCUCCGGCCGCGUCCUGCUUGCUUGGGGCCUCCGGUGGGCCACGACCGCAGCCAGGACUGCCGCGGAGCCGCCGCCACAGCCGCCACCCAGCUCCGGGAGCGACGCCGGAGACCGCACACCGAGCGCCUGGAUAGCCUGGCCCGCCCCCACCGUGGCCUGCGCCUGUCUGUCUGCACCUCCCGGCCUCGCCUUCGUGGCGCCGCCUCUCUCCUAGCCAAGGUCCUGAUCCUGCCCGACCUUAUCCUUCCCCGAUCCUCCCCGGGACUCAGCGCUCAUCGGCAAUAAACUCCAGCCUCAGCUGGCUUACCUGGUCUGUGGUCUUCA